GCCGGAAACGGAACUUCACCCAGGUUCAUCAUGGCGGCUCAGACCCGUGCUCUGGUCUCAGCUCAGUGGUUGGCAGAUGCUUUAAAAAGUAAUCUCGUGGGUCCCAAACUUCGCAUUCUUGACACGUCGUGGUACCUUCCGAAAACCAAGCGGGACACCAAAGCUGAGUUUGCGCAGGCGCACAUUCCCGGGUCCUCGUUCUUUGACAUAGACGAAUGCAGUGACCACAGCUCCGCGUACCCACACAUGCUGCCCACUUCCACUCACUUCUCAGAGUACGUGGGAGAACUCGGCAUCGGUAAUGACACGCAUGUAGUUGUGUACGACACCAGCAGUUUCGGGUCUUACAGCGCACCCCGGGUCUGGUGGAUGUUCCGGGUGUUUGGACACAGUCUGGUGUCGGUUCUGGACGGUGGCAUGAAGAACUGGAAGGCUGAGGGUCAAGCCGUGACCUCUGAGUACUCCAAACCAGACAGGACACAGUUCAAGGCCACUUUCAAUCAGUCAUGGGUCAAGAGCUAUGAAGAUAUCCUGGAGAACAUCAGAACCAAGCAGGUCCAGGUUGUGGAUGCCAGGUCUGCAGGCAGGUUCAGGGGGACAGAACCAGAGCCCAGAGAUGACACACUACCUGGUCAUUUCGCCAAUGCAAUCAACAUGCCCUUCACUUCUUUCAUGGAUGAGUCUGGAAAGAGUGUUGGAACUGAAGACCUGUCCAGACUGUUUAAAGAGGCUGGAGUUGACCUGGAUCAGCCACUCUGGGUUUCCUGUGGAUCUGGGGUCACAGCGUGUCAUGUUGUUCUGGCCGCUCACCAGCUGGGGUACCCUGGGGCAUGUGUUUAUGAUGGGUCCUGGACCGAGUGGUUCCUUCGAUCAUCACCUGAACACAUCAUCUCAGAGGGAGAGGGAAAGAAAGUGUGAACACCGCAGUGAAGAAAUACAAAAAGGGGAUGUGAUGUCACUUAAACCUGGAAAGAUUAAGUAGAGCUAUAAAGCAUCUUUGCCACUUUACAAUGUACUUGCAAUACUUAAUAGAAAACACUGCAGAAGUUGUGCUUGGUCUUUAACCUAAGUGCGUUCUCUGACAUUGGCAACAACAUGCAUUUAUGUAGGUCCUGUUACGUCAUGAUAGUACAAUGGUCAGCUGUAGUUUACCACAUGCUAUGUCCUGGAUGAUGAAAUAAUGUGAGAAAAGGAUAUGAUUUUUGAAUGGCUACAUAGGAUCUAGGAGUUGUUUACAAACCUAAAUAAUGCUCUUUCGACAUUGUAGUUUUCACUAAAUUGUUUAACAUAGCAAAUAAUAUCUCUUUACCACUGUGUUUUGACUUGACUGUUACCGUGUUCCACUAAGGUGAAAGAAAGAAACUCUGUAAAACAAGAUUUUCAACUGGGUGAAAGUUGUGGAGCAAGUUAUUUGAUAUUAUUGCCAAAUGAGGAAAUGGGCCACUGUGAACUUGAGGGGUAUAGAGUAAAUGAAUAAACCAGUCAUUCUGUGACUGACAGUA